UAUAUAAAUAGGACCUAUCAUUCUCCCAUGCUAAUUUGGCGUUGCUGAUUUGGUUUGUUUUUGCUAGAUGUUUACAAGGCUUGAUUUUCCCCCCUUAAAAAUCUGGGUUUAUGACAUGCCAUUGUGAGGCACGUUCCUAUAAUGUCGGGGAGCGUGAGAUUUAAAAUGUUAACGAUUGCUUUGUUGAUAAAUUGGGAGUUUGUAAUAUUGACAUUAGCCCAUCUUAACGAAAACGAUGCAAAAGUUGACACUAAUCUAUCAAGUGAGUCGCUCAAAGCACAACAGUCUCCCGAAAACUCGGAGAGGUUGUAUUUGAAAACCGCCGAUGGUCGUAAAGAUGAUUGUGAACGAAAUCUCAACACAAGGUCUCCAAGUGAUCCAACAGAAAACUCAAUUGUCGAAUCCACGUUCAAGUGCCAUGCAUGUGCGGAUCACGGUUGGGAUAAAAAAUGGGGGAAUGCAGGCCAAAAUAGACGGGAUCCCACACAAAAUGAAGAAUCUGAGGAACUUCCCCAAGGACAUGUGACCUGGCAAUACUUAAGAAGACAUCAACAGAGUUUGGAUGGAGUCGUGAUGUCUGACGUCUAUCAGCCAGCGUUUUAUUGUGGCAGUGAAGUCCUUUGGAUCAAGUUUGCCAUGACCCGACACUCAAAUCCACGCCUGAUUAUCCAGACAGAACAGGCUGAUUCAUUCUCACAAAAACCGUGCAGAUGCAUCAAAAGAAGACAUGGGCCAUCAAUGCUGCUAAAGAUCCUUUUCAAAGACUGCUAUGCUCAAAACUGGACUCAAGGGAGAAAGAUGUACUUCUCUGUAAGCGUUCUUUACUUUGACCGACUUAUAAUGAGGAAUUUCUCUGGCACUGCGACCUGUCAUGCAGCCCUCCUGCCACGUGGUGUAUCUUCUACAGGAGAAUCACCUGAAGUUAUCUGUGGAAAGACUUAUGUGGUUGUAAAAUUGCCAGCCAAGAGGAUUAAAAACGUUAAAGUUUUGGGGUUGUCCAGGCAAUUGCCUCGUCCAGUCCUUUGGAGAAGUCACCAUACUGUGUUUGUCAAAUUAAAACUCUCAGCAAUCAAGGAUGAUGUUCUCCAGCUGGAUUAUCUUGAUGUGACUGGGAAAUCACAGACAAUCACAGUGUCCUGUGUUCAGCACACAUUUAAAAAGACCAUCAGAAAACGAAGACAAGACCCAUUUGACAUUCCACUUGAUGCAAUGGUAGAUGAAGGUAUAGAUUUUGAUUUUGGUAACUUUGAUUUGUGGGGAGACAAUAUCAACCCCACAGUUUCCUACGAGAAACUUGAGCUAACUCUUGGUACAGCUCCAACACCACCAAGCACAGAAAGACAACCAAGCAGAAUCACCAAAACUCCAUUUGCUUCUGGUGAUGCUGAUGUAAAGCUUGGGACAGGUUUUGAUAUAUGGGAUGCGGCUACACAUUCCAGUAGAAUCACCAAAACUGCAACUAUUGAUGCUGAUGUAGAAUUUGGGACAGAUUUUGGUGUUUGGGAUGUUGAUGUCAUACCCACUGUUCCUUUUGGGGAGUUUGAAGAAACUCCUAAAACAACCCUCAGAACAUUACCAUCCAGCAGACCUACAUAUGCAGACCCUAAUACAUGGACAAACACAGUUCCCUUCAGGCAACCUGAUAUAACUCUUGGUACAUCCCAAAAAGCAGAAACCUUAAGUGCUGCUACACAAGCAAGCAGAAUCACCAAAACUGCAACUGCUGCUGUUGAUGCGGGUGUAGAGUUUGGGACAGAUUUUGAUCUUUGGGAAUUUGAUGUCAUACCUACUGUUUCUUUUAUGGAAUUUGAAGAAACUCCGAAAACAACCCUUGGAACUGUUCCAUCCAGCAGACCUACAUAUCCAGAGACUGGGAUAUAUUUUGAUCUUUGGGACUUCGAUGUCAUACCCACUGUUCCUUUUAGGGAAUUUGAAGAAACUCCUAAAACAACCCUUGGGACUGCCUUUGCUACGACUUCAGCAGAAACUACGACAGUUGAAACUACUACUGUUGACAGUACUACCCUGAGCACAACAUCUGCAGAAACCACUACCCUUCCUACCACUUCUGCAAAAACUACUACGGUUGAAAGUACUACCCUGAGCACAACAUCUGCGGAAACCACUACCCUUCCUACCACUUCAGCAGAAACUACCACAGUUGAAACUACUUCUGUUGAAAGUACUACCCUGAGCACAACAUCUGCAGAAACUACUACCUUUGCUACAACUUUAGCAGAAACUACCACCCUUGAAACUACUUCUGUUGAAAGUACUACCCUGAGCACAACAUCUGCAGAAACCACUACCUUUGCUACAACUUCAGCAGGAACAACUUCUACAGAAACUACGACCCUUGAAACUACUUCUGUUGACAGUACUACCCUGAGCACAACAUCUGCAGAUACUACUACCUUUGCUACAACUUCAGCAGAAACCACUUCUGCAGAAAGUACCACAGUUGAAACUACUUCUGUUGAAAGUACUUCCCUGAGCACAACAUCUGCAGAUACUACUACCCUUCCUACCACUUCAGCAGGAACCACUUCUACAGAAACUACGACCCUUGAAACUACUUCUGUUGACAGUACUACCCUGAGCACAACAUCUGCAGAAACUACUACCUUUGCUACAACUUCAGCAGAAACCACUUCUGCAGAAACUACCACUGUUAAAACUACUUCUGUUGAAAGUACUUCCCUGAGCACGACAUCUGCAGAAACCACUACCCUUCCUACCACUUCUGCAGCAACUACCACCCUUGAAACUACUUCUGCAGAAACUACCACUGUUGAACCUACUACCUCGAGCACAACAUCUGCAGAAACUACUACUUUAGCUAUGACUUCAGCAGAAACUACGACAGUUGAAACUACUACUGUUGACAGUACUACCCUGAGCACAACAUCUGCAGAAACUACUACCUUUGUUACAACUUCUGCAGCAACUACCACCCUUGAAGCUACUUCUACAGAAACUACUACUGUUGAAACUACUGCCCUGAGCACAACAUCUGCAGAAACUACUACCUUAGGUAUGACUUCAGCAGAAACGAGCACCCUUGAACCUACUUCUGUUGAAAGUACUACCCUGAGCACAACAUCUGCAGAUACUACUACCCUUCCUACCACUUCUGCAGAAACUACCACUGUUGAAACCACUUUUGCUGAAAGUACUACCCUAAGCACUACUUCUGCAGAAACUACUACCUUUGCUACCACUUCAGCGGAAACCACUUCUCCAGAAAGUACCACCCUUGAAAGCACUUCUGCAGGAAGUACUACUUUGGCUACCACUUCUGUUGAAACUUCUACCCUUGGCAGGACUUCAGCAGAAACUACCACUGCUCAAACCACGUCUACAAAAACUACUACCCUUGAAACCACUUCUGUAGGAAGUACUACAUUGGGCACCAGCACUGCGGAAUCUACUGCCAUUCCGACCACUUCAGCAGAAACUGCCACACUUAAAGCCACUUCUGUAGAAAGUAGUACCCUGAGAACAACAUCUGCAGAAACUACUACCUUUGCUACCACUUCAGCAGAAACCACUUCUCCAGAAACUACUACCCUUGAAACCACUUCUGUAGGAAGUACAACUCUGGGCAUCACUUCUGCAGAACCUACUACCAUUCCGACCACCUCAGCAGAAACUGCCACCCUUGAAAUCACUUCUGCAGAAACUACCACCCUUGAAACCACUUUAGCAGAAACUACUACCCUUGAAACUACAUCUGUUGAAAGUACUACAAUGGGUACCACUUCGUCAGAAAUUUCUACCCUUGGCAGUACUUCAGCAGAAACUAUCACAGCUGAGACCACUUCUGCAGAGACUACUGCCCUUAUAACCACUUCUGUAGGAAGUACUACCCUGAGCACAUCUGCAGAAACCACACUAGCAGAAACUACUACCCUUGAAACUACUUCUGUUGAAAGUACUACUUUGGGCAUCACUUCUGUUGAAACUUCUUCUUAUGGCAGCACUUCAACAGAAACUACCACUGCUGAAACCACUUCUGCAGAAAGUACCACCCUUGAAAGCACUUCUGUAGGAAUUACUACUUUGGGCACCACUUCUGUUGAAACUUCUACCCUUGGCAGCACUUCAGCAGAAACUACCAGCUUUGAAACUACUUCUGUUGAAGUAUUACCCUGAGCACAACAUCUGCAGAAACCACUACCUUUGCUACCACUUCAGCGGAAAUCACUUCUCCAGAAAGUACCACCCUUGAAAGCACUUCUGUAGGAAGUACUACUUUGGGCACCACUUCUGUUGAAACUUCUACCCUUAGCAGCACUUCAGCAGAAACUACCAGCUUUAAAACUUCUUCUGUUGAAAGUAGCACCCUGAGCACAACAUCUGCAGAAACUACUACCUUUGCUACCACUUCAGCGGAAACCACUUCUCCAGAAAGUACCACCCUUGAAAGCACUUCUGUAGGAAGUACUACUUUGGGCACCACUUCUGUUGAAACUUCUAAACUACUACCUGAAACUACCACCGCUGAAACUACUUCAGCAGAAACUACCAGCUUUGAAACUACAAUGGUUACCACUUCUGCAGAAUCCACUAUCAUUACAAGAAGUUCAGCAGGAACUACCACUCUUGGCAGCACUUCAGCAGAAACUACCACCCCUGAAACCACUUCUGUAGAAAGUUCUACCGUGGGUACUUCCCUGGGCACAACGUUUGCAGAAACUACUGUUGAAAGUAGUGGCAGCUGCUAGUACAACAAUCUCACCUGAAUCUUCUACUGGAUUAACUUCUGUUAAAACCACAAUGACUCAAACUACCAUUUCUGCAGAAACAUCUUCCCUUAGCACAUUUAGUUCAACAGGAAUUCCUUUCUAUUAACUACACCCUUCUAACCAUUUACAUUUGAAAAUAACCUCUCUGAAUAUAGCUAUUACUAAGCACUACACCAUUUCUACUGAAAGAAAAUAUAUAUAUUUCAGGAGUUAUGGGAACAUAUACAGCUAUAGUGACUUCAUGACAAGUAGGGCAAGAAGGGAAUGGUCUCUGAAGUUUGAGCUUCAGUAAUUGGUCAAAGUUUCCGCAACACUGUUAACAGCAACUGCUGUAGCCACAACCUCAGCUGCAUCUACACCUGCCUCUACAACUGCUGUUAAAAGCAGUACAUUAUAAAUUUUGCAGCAAUUCACACACUAUAAUACUUGCUGAAAAGUCAAGCUCUAUUGCAUCUACACCUGCCUCCCUCGCAUAUUAAGCAUUAUUACUAAGGAAAUAAGUUGUACCAUCUAUAAAUUAAAGUUCUGUGAAUUAUUCACAUCUGUAAUGACAGUUUUAAGAAUUCUCUGACCUGACAGUUUUAAUGCAGGAAAUGUGAUGGAAAAAUGUCCACAGGAAAAGUAGAGGUGAGCAAUGUUUACUUUUAUUUAUCUUGUGACCACAACAGAAGCUGCAGAUUUAAAGAUGUAUGGUGUAUGAAUUAACUAUGUGGCUCUUUUUCAG